UCACUGGCACACAGAAUGACCCCCAGAAUAUCCCCUUUUUGGUGCCAAACGCCUUCGGAAAAUUUGGGGACACUGCGCGUAACCGACGCCAAAACCUCCGAAGAUUUUGUGUGGAGUCGGGUGGAGAAACCCCGUCCGGCUGUCCAUCUACCCGCCACGCCCCACCACCCCACCCAUCCAGCCUACCAGCCUGCCAGCAUGGUCUACUUGGGCACCCCGGCCUCGGCCACCAACGGCACGGCCAACAAGAACUCGAACGGCACGCCCGCCCUGGCCUUGACCCCGGCCUCGGCCGCCGCCGCCGCCUCGGCUGCCGCGGCGGGUCAUCUGUCGUCCACGGUGGACUUGUCCUCGCGGAGUCCGAGCCACAAAGACCAAGAUUCGGCCUCGGACGAUGAACGCGAAGGACGGAUUCGCGUGGGCAAAGACUAUCAGAUCAACCCCACCAACUACAUUCCAACGGAGGAUCGGAAGAUGGAACAAUGUCCGGAAAGAGCGCUUUUGGUCUGGUCGCCUGCGCCUCAAUUAUCAGCCGGAAAAUUGGAUGAGUACAUCCAAGUGGCCAAGGAGAAGUUCGGGUACAACGCCGAGCAAGCUUUGGGCAUGUUGUUCUGGCACAAGCACGAUUUGGACCGAGCUCUCCAGGAUCUGGCCAAUUUCACGCCCUUUCCCGACGAAUGGUCCGUCGAGGACAAGGUCUUGUUCGAGCAGGCGUUCCAGUUCCACGGCAAAUCGUUCCACCGGAUCCGCCAAAUGCUGCCCGACAAGACCAUUGCCCAGUUAGUCAAGUACUACUACAGCUGGAAGAAGACGCGCACCCGCACCUCUCUCAUGGAUCGGCAGGCCCGCAAACUACAGGUCAACCGUGAAUCGGCUGCGGCCGCCGCCACACCCGGAACAGACGAACCCGUGGCUGAAUCCGACAACGACGAAGACAAAGAGAGUCAGCAGAAACCGAAAUGUUUCAAUUGCGGCAUUCUUUGUCACGUCACUCAUCCGACGCCGAAAGGUCAAAUGUGCGGCACCUGUCAUCAGUACUACACUCGCACCGGCAAAGUCAGGCCCACGACGGGUCCGAUCCGGAAGGAUGGGACCAAAUCCAAGCACUCCUUGUUCAAGAACAGCAACAAACCGCCUAAAGGCAUGUACGUGAACCACGACGACCUCGUGGCCUUGGCCACUGGGCCUCAUCCUCAAGGCGAGGCCCUGUUGAAGUCCAUGGACCGAGAAAUCGUCUCCUACAAACGAAACGUGCAAAACAACAAGCAGAAUUUGUCGGUCUUGCAAAGCCGCUCUCGUGGUUACGAUGUGGCCCCGUAUAGGAUACCAUCGAAAACGAAGGCUCCUGGUGACGAUGCCGCCAGCUCUCCCACUGAUACCGCUUCCACCGCCAACAACGAUGCGCCCAUAUCACCCACUAGCACCAUCAAUGCCAAAUGGACGAAUGACGAGCUGAACCUGGGUGUACAAGGCAUUCGCACCUUGGGCAAGAAUUUAAAAGUGAUUGCCGAAAUCAUCGGAACGAAAACCGAGUCUCACGUUCGGAGCUUCUUUGUGAACUACCGGCGACGUUACAAUCUGGAUGCCGCCCUCAAGGAGUAUGAAGCCGUUAAUGGCCCUUCGCCAGCGGAUGAGGAUGAUAGCAACAGCAAUAACUCGAGCGGUUCCAAAACCGCGGACCGGGAAACCAAGGAAAGCGCCUCAGAUGCUAAAACCAAUGGAUUGGCGGUCAAUUCGGCCACUGUUAAUCCAUCGGCUACACCUGCCACCUCUAAUUAGUUGUUUGAUUUCAUCGCCAAGCGGGUGUUCCGGAGUGUAUCUUUGGUAAACAUAUACACAAGUAUAAAAAACAUACGCAGAUUAGUUGGAAGGCUCCGAACACCAAAUUAGCCCUCUUCAUUUGUCACGCCGAAUAUUUUUGGAAUCGAAAGUACUCGUACUUGAAGAGAAGAUACCAUUGUAUUCUACUUUGUCUAACAAGAAAUAAAAUAAACAUCAAAGUUGAAUAAGAA